CGACUGCUCUUUCCACUCGUCUCACGACCCCUCUCGCCGCCAUUCAGCUCCUCGGCCGACUCUUGCGUCCCGCGCUAACACUCAUCUCGCGCCCGACUCCCCUCCCUUCCCCCUCCCCAUUCCGCACGUUCUCCUCCACCAUGUCCACCAACUCUGAAAAGUACGCGCUCGGCCCCGUGCCAGCCAUCCCCGGCACCGACUAUGCUCGUGUGCCAGUUGACCAGUUCCGCGCCGCCGUAGCAAAGCUUGUUGCCGACGCCUGGGACGAGACCCCAGAGAAGAUCUUUGCCGGCGUCGACCUCGGCAAGAAGGGUGCCGACUUUGCUGUAGCAACCCCGCGUUUCAAGAAGGGAAAGCCGGACGAGUGGGUCCAGAAGGUCAUUGAUGCUUUCAAGCCCGACAACUACCUGUCCGAGGUCAAGGCCCAGGGCCCCUUCCUCAUGUUCACCGCAAACCGCGCUUCCUUCGCAUACCACAUUCUGAACACUAUCGCUAAGAUGUCGAACGCGGCGGAGGCCAAGCCCGACUGUCCAACGCUUGCGUACGGCACAAACGAGGAUGGCAAGGGGAAGCACAUGGUGAUCGACUUCUCGUCGCCCAACAUCGCCAAGCCCUUCCACGCCGGGCACCUCCGCUCCACCAUUAUCGGCGCCGUCAUCGCCAACCUCCACGAUGCCGCCGGGUGGAAGGUCACCCGUCUCAACUACCUUGGUGACUGGGGAACUCAGUACGGUCUGCUGUCGCUCGGCUUUGACCGCUACGGUGACGAGGAGGAAUUGAAGAAGGACCCCAUCAAGCACCUCUUCCAGGUGUAUGUCAAGAUCAACCAGGACAACGCGGCCGAAAAGGAGAAGUUCAACAAGGGCGAGAUCACGGACGCGAGCACGACGACGCACGCCCAGGCCCAGCGCAUCUUCAAGUCGAUGGAGGACGGAGACGAGACCGCUCUCAAGCAGUGGCGCCGGUUCCGUGACCUGUCCAUUGGCAAGCUUGAGCAGACCUACGACACACUUAACGUUCACUUUGACGUGUACUGGGGCGAGUCGCAGGUGUCGGACGAGAGCAUCCUCCGUGCUAUCCGCGUGUGCCAGGAGAAGGGGUUGACCGUCACUGAGGAGAACGGCGCUCUCCUUGUCGACCUGAAGAAGUACAAGCUGGACCGUGCAAUUAUCCGCAAGGCUGACGGCACCUCGAUCUACCUCACUCGUGACAUUGGCGGUGCGUACGACAAGUACCAGAAGUACAAGUUCGACAAGCACAUCUAUGUCACGGCGCACCAGCAGGCUCUGCACUUCAAGCAGCUGUUCAAGACCGUCGAGCUCAUGGGCGAGGAGUACGCGGGCAAGCUUGAGCACGUCACCUUCGGCAUGGUGCACGGCAUGUCGACCCGUAAGGGCAACGUCGUGUUCUUGGACGACAUUCUUCUCGACGCCAAGGACGCAAUGCACGAGGCCAUGAAGUCGAACGAGGCCAAGUACGCGCAGGUGGAGGACCCCGAGGAGACGUCGGCGAUCAUCGGCGCCACCGCUGUCAAGAUCCAGGACAUGACAGGCAAGCGUCUGAACGACUACACUUUCGACAUUAAGCGCUGCACAUCCUUCGAGGGUGACUUUGGGCCAUUCAUCCAGUACUCGCACGUCCGCCUGUGCUCGGUUCAGCGCAAGAACCCCAAUGUGCACGUUGCUGAGACUGCUGACGAGGUUGACGUCUCGAUUCUCUCGCAGCCCAAGAUCCACGAGAUCCUCUACCACCUCGCGCUGUACCCCGAAGUGGUCAAGACUGCGCUCAAGUUCUCUGAGCCGUCCACUAUUGUUACGUGGUGCUUCAAGCUGUCGCACCUGGUCGGCUCGGCCUGGGAGACGAUCAAGGUCUCGGGCGCGUCGGAGGAGGAGGCAAAGGCCCGCCUGUUCCUGUUCAUCCAGAUCCGCCACGUUCUCGCAUCCGCCAUGCGCCUGCUAUCUCUCACUCCCAUCGAGCGUAUGUAAUGCACGUAUCUCUUAGACCUAGCCAGGCUGUAUGCAUUGUCCUGGAGCUACACA